AUCGCCGCACCGUUGCUCGCAGAGCCCUCCUAUCUUCUCUCUACCACUCCAGCACAUCACACUGACUGAUCCAGAAUCAGCAGCUGCUGCUCCUCUCCCCUCUCUUCUUAUAAGCAGCGCUACACCGCGCAGAGCUCCAGCCGCGCUCUCUCCACUUCAGGAUGGACUUGUCUUGGUCUCCUUCUGCGCAUCGCUGUCUCCGUCUGUAGUUCAGUGGGAGUUCCCGGCAGGAGGGAGCAAGCGCUGGUCUUUGUCUGCUUAAUUUAAUUUAAUUUUUUUUUUACUGAACACCCACUGCACAGUCAUUUCCGAGCGGCAGUUCAGAAAUGGGAAUGUAUUUGCAUCUGCUGCUCUUGCAGGGUUAUUUUGUCUCGAAUUUUUUGUGCAAUGCCGUUGCUUUCGUGGAGGAGCCCGCCGGCGGGAGGUCGGACGGGUACUGCGGGCGGAUCCUCCGGGCGCAGACGCAGGGGACCCGGCGGGAAGGGCACCACGAGUUCAGGAUCAGGGUGGAAGGGGACCCGGAGACCUACCUGCCGGGCAGCACAUACAGAGUGGUGCUUCUAGCUAGCAGCCCUGCUUAUUUCAGAGGCUUUACUCUCAUCGCGCUGAAGGAGGGCAGAGAGGGCACCACGGACGAAGAUUUCGCCGGCCAAUUCCAGAUCAUCGAUAAUGACGACACCCAGUUCAUGACCAACUGUCCUCCUGCGGUGACAGAGAGCACACCUCGCAGAAGAACCAGGAUACAGGUCUUGUGGACUGCACCACCCAGUGGUACUGGGUGUGUUAUUCUCAAGGCCAGUAUUGUGCAGAAAAGAGUCAUCUUUUUCCAGGAUCAAGGUUCUCUCACCAUUCGACUGUGUGAGAAAGAGCGUGUUCCCGGUGAAGUCACAGAGGUACCUGCAAUCGAAUGCUGUGCUUGUGGAACUGCUAAAUAUAGACUUACCUUCUAUGGCAAUUGGUCAGAAAAAGUACAUCCAAAAGAUUAUCCAAAACGUGCCAACCACUGGUCUGCCCUGAUUGGUGCGUCCCACUCCAGGAGUUAUGUGCUGUGGGAAUAUGGCGGCUAUGCCAGCGAGGGAGUUCGGCAGGUGGCUGAACUCGGCUCCCCCAUCAAGAUGGAAGAAGAGAUUCGACAGAAGGGUGAUGAAGUGCUGACCGUCAUUAAAACCAAAGCUCAGUGGCCAGCAUGGCAGCCACUUAACCUGCGAGCUGCUCCCUCGGCAGAGUUUUCUGUGGAUCAGACCCGGCACCUUAUGUCCUUCCUGACUAUGCUUGGGCCCAGCCCAGACUGGAACGUGGGGCUGUCCGGAGAGGACCUUUGUACCAAGGACUGUGGCUGGGUCCAGAGACUUGUCGCAGACCUCAUUCCGUGGGAUGCAGGCACAGACAGUGGUGUUACAUAUGAGUCACCAAACAAGCCCACUGUUCCUCAGGAGAAAAUCCGGCCUCUGACCAGUCUGGAUCACCCUCAGAGCCCCUUCUAUGACCCAGAAGGGGGCGCAAUUACUCCGGUGGCUCGGGUAAUGGUGGAACGUAUUGCUAGAAAGGGAGAACAGUGUAAUGUGGUGCCAGACACCAUCGAUGACAUAGUAGCCGAUAUUGGACAGGAGGAGAAGGAGGAAGAUGACACACCGGAGACGUGUAUCUAUUCUGCCUGGUCUCCCUGGUCAGCCUGUAGCAGUGCCACCUGUGACAAAGGCCGCCGAAUGAGGCAACGGAUGCUAAAGGCUCAGCUGGAUCUCAGCGUACCUUGCCCUCACACCCAGGACUUCCAGCCCUGCAUGGCGCCAGGAUGCAGUAUGGAGGAGCCUUCAACAUGCAUGAUGUCAGAGUGGAUCAGCUGGUCUGCUUGCAGUGUUUCCUGUGGGAUGGGGAUGAGGUCCAGAGAGCGAUACGUCAAACAGUAUCCUGAGGACGGUUCGCUCUGUCAGCUUCAAACUGAGGAGACUGAGAAAUGUGUUGUCAACGACGAAUGCUCUCCCAGCAGCUGUGUGGUGACAGAGUGGGGAGAGUGGGACCCCUGCAGCAUCACCUGCGGUGUUGGCAUGAGAAGACGUGAGCGCAUGGUGAAGAUGCCCCCUAUAGAUGGAUCCAUGUGUAAAACCGAGGUGGCCGAAGUGGAGAAGUGCAUGAUGCCAGAAUGCCACACUAUCCCCUGCAUGCUGUCCCCCUGGUCGGAUUGGAGUGAGUGCAGUGUGACGUGCGGCCGGGGAGUUCGAAACCGUCAGAGGAUGCUGAAGUCGGAUCCUGCUGAGUGCACCGAGGAGCUGGAGCAAACCGAGAAAUGCAUGUUGCCUGAAUGCCCGGUGGACUGCAUGGUCUCAGAGUGGUCGGAGUGGUCAGAGUGCAACAAGUCCUGCGGUAAAGGACACACAAUUCGCACUCGAAUGAUCAAAUUGGAGCCGCAGUUUGGGGGCAGCUCUUGUCCUGAGACCAUCCAGCGGAAGAAAUGCAAGAUCAGGAAGUGCCGCACAAAAGGGGGAGGUGGAAGUGCAGCGGGUUGUCGUAUGCAGCCGUGGACCAGCUGGACUGACUGCACUAAACCCUGUGGAGGAGGCUUACAGGAGCGCUACAGGACGGCAAAAAGAAGGGGAAAGUUAAAUUGCAAGGACCGGAGGGAGAUCCGUGCCUGUAACAGUGACUCCUGCUACUUCUGAGCAGGGAGGAAAGGAGUGUUGCAAACAUCAGAAAUGUCAAAAUUUAAUAAAAAACUUGUUCUGUGUUGGCAGAAGGGAAGAGAGGGCGAUGAUAAUGGGUUAGUUUCAAACUUUAAAAAAGGAGAAACGGGCGAAAGAGGAAACAAGUGAUAAACUCAGAAGAUGGAAAACAGAGUACAGAAAGAGAAGGUUUGAUGUUUAGUGAAGCUGUUGUAGAAAUUAGUAAACAGGAAGGGUUUUCACUUUAGAACACAAAGAAAGUAGACACUAUCAUCUGUGUCCUGCAAAAAUGCUUUCAAAGAACUAACAGCUUUGUUAACCUCUGCAUUACCAACUCACAACCCUCCCACCAUCUGCAGUAUUGGUUUUAAAUUAUGCAAUCAUGGUAAAAAGAAAAGACAUUCUUUUUCAAAUAUGUUUAGCAAAGUAUAACAAUGAUGAUUUGGUCUUUACAAGAUUUUGAAGCUUUUGAAGUCUAACUUUGAGUGUAAAAACACAAUGUUGGUCUGUGCUUUCUAUUCAACAAAGAUAAAGCCAAAUGGAGGAAGCUUCAUUUGAAAAACUAGGUACUCACAUAAUUCCAAUACGUUGUAGAAGCACGUUUAGCUGCUGUGACUCUCAAUAGUCAUUUGUCUGACUUUAUCACUUCAUUGUGAAGGAUUUGUGUGCCUCUCGUCUUUCAGCAUUGUAUCAAACUGAGGUUUGUAGACAUUUUGUUCUGAAACAUCUCUUUUAAAGUCCAACCGAAGCAUCUGAACCGUGUUAAUAUCUAGACUUGGACUGGGACAUUCAGACAAAUCAAUUUGUUUCCUUUUAAAGCCAUAAUGUUUGGCUGCUGUGUUUGGUAUCUCUCUUCUGUUGAUGACCAGAGAUAUGACCAAAGGACAUUAUUCCACAAGUUCUGCGGUUCAUUCAGAGUCAAGUUCACAAACCUAUAGCAUGAUGCCAUUUUAAUUUUAGGUAAAGGAGGAUUUGCUCAGAAACUCUUUCCAAAAUCUAUACUUGUUGAGAAUUUUUCUAAUUACUCUUUAACUAAAUUUAUCUUGUAACUGAGAUGAUCUUGAAGUUUCUGUCACUUCUCAAAGCAGUGCACAGUGUGUUGUUGGGGCAUUGUCUCUGGGAUGUACACCCAUCGGUAGAUUAUCUCUCUUAAAUGUUUUCCAACUGUAAAAAGUUGUUCCAACUCUAGAAUGAUGGACUCAACUAAUUUAAAAAUGGCAUUUUAACUGCCUAUUUUGGCAGGCAUCAACAAUUGCUUAUCCCAGAUGAGCAAGCUGCCAAUACUCCUGAAUUUAUAGUAAGUGAUCACUCUGAUGAUUCAUUUAUCAAGUAAAUUGGAUGUUUAUUUUAUCAAACAUUUUCUUUUUGGCUUCACAUUUGUGCAGUGAUUGAUAAUCUAGAAUGAAUUGGGUGUUUGUACACUUGAAGUUAUAUUUACAUAAUUGUAGAAGCUGUUAAAGGCCAGACCAGUUCUGUUAUGUUUUGUCCUAGAACUGAAAGACGGAAAUACUUUUGUUUUUAUCAUGCUUGUAGCUCAAGUUUAAAAUGUAACUCCAGAAAUUUGAGAUUUUGAUUAAUGAUUUCCACCUGUUUUCUUGUCCAAAAUACUAACAGGCUGCCACAGUUUAUCACAUAUUAAACAAAGACGUCACUUAUAAAUCUCAGUAAUACCAAUGUGCAAACAUUUAAAUUCAAAUUAUGCAGAAAACUUUUCUUAGAAAUUUUAUUUUGAGAUUUAAACAAAAACACAGAUUUGUAAUUUAAAUCAAUGAAAGAUAAGUUAUUGGCCAACAAAAAAGAUUUUUGUAAUCAUUAUUUAAUACUAAAUAAUACACAGCAUAUGUAACACUGUUGCUGUGAUUUUAUGUGUGAAAUGUGCAGCAUUAACUUGCUCUGCUUUUUUUUUUUCUCAACAUAAACUAAUCAUCUGAAAGCAGCCAGUUUUUCUGUUGCUUAUUUGCAACGGAAAAACAAAAUAGCUGCUGGUAGAAGUUUCAUGUAUACUACUCUAAGACUGAGUGUGAUUCAAACUUUUCCAUCCAACUUACAAUGGAGAAGGACAGUAGAUAAAACUGAUUCCCAAGCUAUCAAACGUUUCUUUUCAAAUGGGAUUCCCCUGGUUUCAGUGAGCUUUAAAAAGUAUAACAGUAAUUUAGUUGUGAAAGGAGGAUUGUUACUCUUCCUUACAAUCAUGUAUUUUUUAUAAUUUAUCAUUAACAAGUUUUACUUUUUGUCUCCAACAGCAUAAGGCUAUGAUGAUUUUUUUUAAAUAAAAAUAUUGGGGGCUUCUUGCAGGACACAGAUGUUUAAACAGGAAAUCUUUUAGGGCUUCAAAAUGUACUGUAAAUCUAUCUAACCACACUUAUACAAGACACUGCUAGGUAAUCACUAAACUGCUUUCUCUAAUAAACAAAUACUUUAUGUGGAAAUGUUUUAUACUGUUCAGAUUAGUUCUUUAUAUACUGUACUGCUGUUUAUCUGUUGUUUCAGCUGAUGUAGCAUUAAAAGCUGCGAUAACAUCACAGAACUUUGAUUUAGCAUGUGCAAUUUUUUGUUUUUGCUAGUAUGCUUCUCCAGGUGUACUUAUUGCCACAGAACAGAUCGUUUAAAGGCUGCAUCUGCUUUAGUUAGUUCUGAAAGGAAAAAUUAGAUGGGAUCCUAGGAGAGUCGCACUGAGCUGAUCUGCUGCUUUGAUGUGGAAGUUGUUACACUUUUCAAACAUAUGGGACAGGUCACCAUGCAGCCAGUCAUUAUCUGAGCUUUUGCUAGAAGAUUUUGUCGUAUAUAGUUUUUAUGUUGCUUACUUUCUUUUUUGUUUUUGUACCUUUUUUGUAUUUGUCAGCAGGUUAGUUUUCUGUUUAAAUAAAAACAUAAAAACAUCAUCACCAAAGUUAGAUUUCUGUAGCUACUUUCUUUAAAUUCUGAUUAUUUUGUUGCUUUUGUUCAUUUCUGUGUCACAUAAGUGUUUUGUAAGAAACCGCCUUUACAAUAAAAGUGUAAAUGUGAA